AACUUUCACAAGAUUAGAAGCACUAUUUCCUUCAUAGUCAAAACAUUGCUGGGCCGGACUCCUCGCCUUCGGAUAGCCCACCAUUUUAUAUUUCUGUGAAGGAUUACAAAUAUAUAUUUUUAUAUAGGCCUAUUGGGUUUUUCUUUACGAAGGGACAAGCCAACUAUCCACUAUGAUGGAAACUGAGAUGCAUAAAAUGAAUCCUAGUCAACAGGACGUGGACCUAAUCGACAUCCUGUGGAGGCAGGACAUUGACCUGGGCGCAGGGCGAGAGGUGUUUGACUACUGCCACCGUCAGAAGGAGCAUGAGUUGCAGCGGCAGCGGGUGCAGGAGGAGGAGAAGAGGCAGCAGCUGCUGAGAGAACAGGAGAAGGCCUUGCUGGCUCAGCUACAGCUGGAUGAGGAGACAGGGGAGUUCGUGCCCCGCAUUGCACCCAGCAGCCAGUCACCGCAGUCUGCCACCACCGCCGCAUCCCGUCAAGUCACACAGAAUGUCAGCUUCACAGAAGACGGAGAUGCCAUGUCAUUUGAUGAAUGUAUGCAGCUGCUGGCAGAGACCUUCCCACUGGUAGAGGCUACGGCAACCGCUUCCGUCUGUCUGGACGUCACCGUAGCGCCAGCCCCAAACAUGGCAUGUGAGCUACCAGCUUUGACCCAGCCACCCCUCCUCCCAGCCUCCCAGCCCCCUCAGAGGACCUCCCCAGAUUUGGAGCAGGCCUGGAUGGAGCUUUUGUCCCUUCCUGAGCUGCAGCAAUGCCUGAAUAUGCAAAUGAAGGACACACUGGAUCAGACAGGAGGAUAUCUGCCCACUAACACCACCCCUGAGGUGCAGGAUCCAAACUACAGCUUCUACCCAUUGCCCAACCUGGCAGAGGUGGCGUCAAAUGCAGCAGAGGUCUGCCCACCUGAAUUCAUCAACGCCUUUGAGGAGAGCUUUCCCAACAUGGCUCCUCUUGACCACCUCAAUCAGAUGACCCUAAAGGCUCCAGACCUAAAUACUAACUUCAGUGCAGCAACUUUCUGUGAUGUAUUUUAUCAAGACAUUGUCAACACAAAAGUGACCAGUGUCACCCUGCCUUGUGGCCAAGGACAUGGAGGUAACUCCUUGGCAGAGAUAUCACACAAGCCUACUUUUACACCAAUGGAAUUACAUGACCUUUCUCCUAGAGAAGCAUUUGACAGAGGAAACAAAACUGAGAUAAUGCCAGAAUUUCCAGAUUCGGACUCAGGUGUGUCUGUGGAGGCAAGUCCACAUGCUAGCUCCCCUGAGAAAUCGAUGUAUGGGGACGGAUCCUUUGGUGGCUACAGCGAUUCAGACAUGGAGGAGAUGGACAGUAACCCUGAGAGUGCAGAGUCUGACUACUCCGAGAUGUUCUCACUGUCUUUCCAACCGGAUGGUUUCCAGACUUCUCCCUCUGUGUCAGCUCAGCAGCAGGACAAAAAGCCCAAACAUGGCAAGACAGAGCCAGAUGAGGAGACUGGCCACAACGAUCCCCCCUUCACCAAAGACAAGAAGAGGAGACGCUCCGAGAAGCGUCUCUCCAGAGACGAGCAGCGUGCCAAGGCCCUCCAGAUCCCCUUCACUGUGGACAUGAUCAUCAACCUGCCUGUGGACGACUUCAACGAGAUGAUGUCCAAGCACCAGCUCAACGAGGCCCAGCUGGCCCUGGUCAGAGACAUCCGCCGGCGGGGAAAGAAUAAGGUGGCUGCCCAGAACUGCCGCAAACGCAAGAUGGAGAACAUCGUGGAGUUGGAGUAUGACCUGGACUCACUGAAGGAGGAAAAGGAGCGACUGCAGAGAGAGAAGACCAAGAAUUACAGCAGCUUGCGGCAGAUGAAGCAGGAGCUUAACACCCUGUACCUGGAGGUGUUCAGUCUAGUGAGGGAUGAGGAAGGGAAGCCCUACUCCCCGUCCGAGUACUCCCUCCAGCAGACCACCGAUGGCACAGUCUUCCUCGUCCCCCGCAUUAAAAAAAUGCUUUUCAAGAAAAAUGACAACUAGCACUUCUCUGCUUUACUACUUGGUACUGCAUUAGUAAUAAUACUAUGCAAAGAAUAACGUUGUAGAUGCUUGGCUUUAAGCGUUAGUAAAAUAGCAGAACUAUUAUAUAGUCCUUGCCUACUCUCCUUGAAUGCCUUUAUAAUAUUUUGGACAUUUUAGUUUUUUUGUACUGGUCUCCACUUUCAUCUAAGGUUGUUUUACUGAUAUUGCUUGUAAAUACAUUUAUACAUUAUUUGCUAUUGAGAUAUGAAAAUGUGAAUUGUAUAUAUCAUGUUUUAGUAUGCAAAUUAUAUUGUUGCAAUCACUGUUACUUAAAAGUCUGUUUUAUAAACUUUACUCUUUGA